UCUUCUCCACCGCGUUUGCCAUCAUUCGAGUUCUUUUAUUUAAAGGGGAUCGCCUUUCUGACAUUCGACCGUUAGCCCGUUCUCGAGCCAUUCUCCCUUGGUUCUCAUUCCACCUAUUCCCAACUCGGCAGUCCGCUGAUCAGUAAUACCCAACAACAAAGACGAGGAAAUUUUAUUCUUUUCGUCUCGUGCCGGUUAUAGAUAGACAAGCAGUCAUCUUCAUCACCACCAAUAUCGUCGACCAUAAACAACCAGAUCAAACAAUCACCAUCACCAUCAUCACCAACAACAACAACAUGGCGCCCCAGAAGCCCCGCUGCAACUUCAAGGAAUGCAAGUCCGCCGCCCAGCGAAUCGUCGGCGACUGCGGUUUCUGCGACGGACACUUCUGCGCGAAGCACCGGUUACUAGAGGAUCACAAGUGCAGCGGAUUAGAAGACGUAAGCAUGAGCCCAACCCCCUCAGAAUCCGGCGACAGCGACGACUGGGCCGCAGAAUGGUGGCUGGUCGGGCUGGCCGAGUAUCUCGAAGAUUCCGGUCUUCUCGAGGAGGAAUGCGGUGGUUCAUGUCCCCGUUCAGGUUCAGGUGUGCUAACUCCAGAUGGCAAAUGCAGUGCAAGAAAGAAUCGCACGAGCGAAACGCGGCUCAGCUCGAGGCCGAGCGGACGCAAGUCAUCCGGGGUGUAUAAGGACCGGGCCGCCCCUCGAUCGUCUCAUGUGGCAGCUAGACGACGCCGUCGUUCCCCGCCGGGAGUCCGACCGCGAGCCCGCGACACCGUCUUCGCCUCUACCAAACCCCAUCUCCCUAUCACGACACCCGUUAGCUGCACGCGAUAAGAGGCCGAGGCCGCCUGCGGUUGGGGCUUGGUCAGCAUCUAUUUUAUUACUCUUCUAUGAGCAUGGCGUCCGGGCAUUGGCUUAGGGCAGUUUGUAUUUCAUUUAGGCCUGCGACGGCGCAGGCGGAACAAGUUGGGCUCCCCCCGAGUUCAUUUUCGAGGUUUCCAGAAACGAGUCGGCUUGUAUGAAUCCACG